GAGGGGUCGAGAAAGGACGGUGAUGCUGUAUAAUAAGAGGUUUGUUAUGUUCAGGUGCAAAAGCUGAGAAGAAGAACAAAAGCACACAUUACCACAAACUUAACACACCCUGCGUGGAGUACAGGACUUACAUGAGAUAUGGUUCUUCUCAUUUCAGUGACCCUGCUCUUAUCAGUAGUAUGUGGUAUAGGCGCAUAUAUUCCUCAUCGCUAUCACUUUGUGAAUGAGAAUAAAACCUGGAGUGAAGCUCAGACUUACUGUAGAGAGCAUUACAAUGAUCUGGCCUCCAUCAACGACAUGGGAGAGAUGAAGAAGCUGAAUAGCACACUGAAAAAGGAAACUGCAAAGCAAGCUUGGAUCGGUCUGCAGAGAAAAGGCACUGGGAAAUGGCUGUGGUCUCUGCCAGACCAAACUUUCUAUGUAAAUGGAGGCACUUACAGAAACUGGAAUUAUGGAGAACCAAACAACAAUGGGGGACAUGAGUUCUGUGUUGAGAUGUUUAGCAACAGUGGCUUAUGGAAUGAUGUCAAUUGUGAGACUUUGAUAGCUUUUGUGUGUUAUGAAGAAAAAAACACCAAUAGAUACAUAUUGAUUGAGGAACCAAAGAGCUGGCUUGCUGCUCAGACCUACUGCAGAGAGAAUUACAUCGACCUGGUCAGUGUGAGGAACCAAACUGAGAAUGAUGAAAUCAGGAGAGUGAUUCAAACUUCACCUUCUGUUUGGAUUGAUCUGUUUAUGGACUCCUGGGCGUGGUCGGAUCAGAGUAAUUCCUCAUUCAGAUACUGGAGCUCUGACAAACCCAGUGGACUUUUUUACUGUGCUGUUGUGUCUAUAACUGAUACAAAUUGCAGCUGGAAUGAUGCAGACUGCACUGAAAAACUCCAGUUUGUCUGCCAUGAAAAGAGACUGGUCUUGAUUAAUCAGAGUCUGACCUGGAAAGAAGCUCUGAACUACUGCAGGAACCAUCAUUAUGACCUGGUCUCAGUGCGCACUGAGGAGACGCAGCUCUGGGUGAAGGAAGCGGUUCAAAACGCCUCCACCGAAUACGUGUGGCUCGGCCUGCGUCAUGACUGCGUCCAGCGUAUCUGGUUCUGGGUUUUUGGAUCGAUGGUCUGCUACCAGGACUGGGCCCCGGGGAAUGGGACAUGGAAUGAAGACUGCAGCCAUGAGAGGAAAACCGGAGCAGUGCAGUCUGGGGGAAAGCAGCAGUGGAUCGAACUUCCUCAGAACUACAAACUCAACUUCAUCUGCUCUACCUAUGACGAUAUGUUUUAAUAACAUGAAGACAGAAGACAAGAUCACCAGAUCUACAGUACUGUCUCUUUUAUACUCUUGCUAUAAUGUAUCCUCUUUAUCCAGAUGUUGCAUUAUAUUUGUAAUAUGAUAUUCAGUAAAUUCCACUGUCUCCAUACAGCAUGACCUUUUCAUAUUCACAUAGUAUGUUACCUAUAUUAUACUUGUUUUUCUUAUUAAUAGAGGGUUUAGGUCAAUUAAGGUGAAUCUAUUUACUUGAUUUUAUACUACAGUGUGUUUGGUAUGCACAUUUCAAUGUUUUUCCAUACACUUUCUCAGAAUAGGGAAAUAUACCACACUCAGUUCAUUUACACCCAUGCAGGAUGUUUAGAACACAUAGCCCCGCAAACAGUGGUGUUAAAAUGUUAUUAUUCAUGAUGGUUAUACAAGUGUCAUGUGAUACAUUUUUUUUAUUUUAUGAAAUUCUCAUGUUUACCUUUUUACAUGUUGACAAAUAAGUUCAUUAUUGAGAUUUGUGCAUAAUUACAUGGUGAUGGUUUCUAUACCUGGAAUUUCUGAGCACGUGAUUAUUAAUGUGUGAGAAUGUAGACUGUAAUGACUGAAGACAGUUACAUUUCCUAUCAAAUAAAACCAAUUUCAAGUAUGCAUUUUAGUGUAUCCCUGUGUUUCCUCUGUGUUACACUUCACAACCAUACACUCAAAUAUGAAGAACUAAAGCUAUGGUCAGGUUCAUAGAUUGUAGCUUUGGUCAUAAUUUGAUAUGUGGUAUCAACUAAAACUUCUUUAAUUUAUUAGAAUUUCUCUUAAUUUUACUCUCCAAUGUGUAAAUUGUGAAGAAGAAUAACUCCAUGCAUAACUCCUGAGAUUUAAACCCACUAUUUUCCACCUAUUAGAACAGAACUUUACACUGUUCAGCUAGCACCCCCAUUUACAGCUGUGAUACUGUAAUGAGAGCCUCACACCUCUCACACCACCAAAUCUUACUCACAUCUAUACACAUCUUAACUGUUUAGUGAUCUUAACCAUCAUUAACAAAUUGAGACUGAUUGUAGAUGUGUUAAAUAUGAUAGCUGUGCUGAAAUUAUCACCACAUACGGGCUGUGGAGUCCAAAACAAGGCCAAAGCCCGGACUAAGUUCUCAUGGUAGCACCCAAAGCAUGCUGAACUACACUUCCCAGCAGCCCCAGCACAUCACAUGUCCUAGUCACACUCAUCUGUUUCUUGUCUCACCCUCAUUAGGAACCUUAAAUAAAUCCUAGUGUUUCUGCACCUCACUGUCAAGCUUUUGUUGUUUUGUUCAUCUUUGUUUGUGUGUGCCACAGCCUAGGACUGUUUAUGUACAUGAUCCUUUUGUUUUAUUACUGAUUUGUUGUCUGUUUUUGCACUUUAUUUCAAUAAAUCUGCACUUGCAUCCA